GGACGGUGGACGGGUCACACCGCCACUAAGCGGGUCACCACUGCCUGCUCGGCUGGCCGGGCCAUCCACACCGACAAGGUGGCCUGACAGGUCGGCGGCGGCACCAUGGGCAUUUGUCUCGACACCGCCGCCUCGCCCGUGGUCGGGCCCGUGUACCAGCCGCACCUGAAGGGCUACUCGACCACGCGGCUCACCACCCACCUGCCGUACAGGGGCAUCAAGCGGCCGCCGGCCUCCGUCUACAUGCCGCCCGGAGUGCUCGUCUACGUCAUAGGCGGUCCCGGGACGGGGAAGGUGACACUCUCCGAGGCCGUGACGCAGAGGUCGAACGGCAAGCUGGCACACAUCUCCAUGACCAAGGUGCUGAAGGACUACGCCAAACAUUUCGACCUGGAGAGCGGUAGCAUGGUUCCGUCGUCGUCUGCCGUGGAGAUUCUGACUGCCAGGCUGAAGGCCUCGCCGGUCCGGCGGGGGUUUGUGAUAUCCGGCUUCCCGAGGAACAUUGAAGACGCCGUGGAUUGCACGAAAAAGAUAGCACGCCUGGACGGGGUGAUACUUCUCGACCACCAGCCGGAGAGGCUGAAAAUGCUCGUCGACGAUGGGGUUCAGACGGGUGUGCUGACCCCGGAGGCCGGUGAACAGGAGCUGAACGAGUUUCUGACCAACGUCACACCGCUGGCGGACGUCAUGCACAACUACCAGGUGCUCCACAAGAUAAACGUAGCAGAUUUCUCCGUCCAAGACAUAGUCACAGAAAUGGAUAGAAUAAUCUCCAAGCUCAUAGAAAGUGCCUCAACGCUUCAUCCUGAUCAAAAUCAAAACAAUGAUCUCGGCGUCAACAGUCGCGGCUCUCAGCGACCCCGCUCUCGUCUGAGGGUGACCUCACCCGCCCUCACCCCGGGGGUGCGCCGGUCGCCGCCAGUCAUAUUCGUCAUCGGCGGGCCGGGCAGUAACAAGUCGGCGCACUGUGAGCACGUGGCGCCGCUCUACCCCGGCUGGACGCACCUCAGCUGCAGCUGGAUGCUGCGCGACCUGGUCUCCGAGCAGCUGGUGCGCGAUGCGCCCGAGCUGGCAGCUGUCCGACAGCUGCUGGUGGCCGGCGAGCUCCUACCGCAGAGUCUUGUUCUGAGCUGCCUCUCAAACGCGAUGGAGCAGAACUCAUCUUCCAAGGGGUUCAUCAUAUCCGGAUUCCCACGAAGUCUGGAGCAGCUCGAAAUGUUCGAGAUAGAGCACGGGCGACAGUCGGACAUUGUUCUGCUCGACUGCUCCGAGCUGGAGCUGGGACGCACGCUGGGCAGACGGGAGGACCUGGACGACACAGUGGCCGCCUGCCGCCGCCGGCUCGAGCUCUACCGGACCGUCACCCUGCCGGCCGCCAAGGCGCUGGACGACGCCCACCGACUGCUGGUGAUUGACGGUGACUGUGACGAGGUUCAGGUGACGGAUGAGCUGAAACGCUGCAUCUACCUGGAGCUGCAGCAGCUCUCAGGGCACGGGCCGGCCUCGGCGGCUACCUCAGCCAGCCCCCGGCCUAACGCGAGCAGCCCUCAGCCCCACGCGGGCAGUCACUGGCCUGGUGUAGGCAGCCCUCGGCCCGGCGCGGGCAGUCCCACCCACCUAACGCUGGCAGUCAGCGGGCUCACAACCAGACAGACGGCGCUGCAGGUCACGGACACUGGCCGCGGCCGACCCGGAGCGCGCCCGGAGCCGCCGGUGACCUCUCCGGACUCCGGGUCAGACGACUCGGACUCGGCGGAGUCCGGCCGAGGGACAGGUCUGCACAGCCAGACUGUGGGAAUCGGCGCCCUGGCGGACGGACGGAGCGGCCGAGCCCUCACUGAAGUGGACGCCAGCAGCCCCAGGGAGGUCACGUGACCGGACACCAGAGGGCGCCGGCUGCCCGGGAGAGGUCACGUGCCUGCCGCUGCGGAUCUGCAGACGGGGCCACCUGGGGUCUGGUGGGUGGGAGCGGGCUGACAUAUCACCUGACCUGAGGUCGGGGGGGGGGGGGUAGAAAAAUACCCCGAUCGUGAAGUGAGUCGAGUGGACUUUGCAUAUCGAUGGCCGUGUUGCACGGAAGCUGUUCACCAGUACUGAUCUGUGUCCUUUUUGUAUUACCUGAGGUUGUUUCUAUCGUGAUAGGGGCGCUAGUGAUUCGUGAUAAGACAAUGUGAGAUUUCUUAUUCUAAAACCAAAUAUUUGUCACUCUCACCAGUAUUUAUCAUGUAAGUAACAUAGCGAAUGUUCCCUGCUGGAAAUGUAAAUACCUAUUAAUGAGCUGUUUUCUUAAUCUCACAGCUUAACAGCUGAAUCAUUCACUAACAGGACUUCUUUUUUUAGUCUGCAAUGCACGCGCAAACUCCGUCUAUCUGCCGAAUCCCUAUGACCUUACAAGACCAAUAAUUUUAACUGCUUCUUAGGAAAAUACAUAUUUCCCUUUUUACCUAGCCACUAAUAAAAUACGAUGCUUUACCGAAUACUUGUCAGAUCACCCUUUACCUUACUAUGCAAUGCAAAUUUUAAUUACCUAUGCAUUUU